GUUUAAUGAGGAUCUGUCAUAUGUUAAACGUUUUUUUAGUUAAAGAUUCUUGUUGUUUAUUUAAUGUGAAUAAUUCAGAAAGUACUUUUAUAGUUAACAUAUAAAUAAAGUAGUUUUUAAUCAAUGAAUGUGCUAAACCCCGAAUUAAUUUGGGUAGAUGGUCGGUGUUAUAGAUUCUUAGGAAAUACCGAAUUGUCACAUAGCCGCGAUCCUUACUUUGAAGAAAAUUAUCAAAUGGAUUAUAAAGAUUCUGAAGAUGAAUGUUAUGAUACUGACAUAGAAAUUGUUCCAUAUGGGGCGACUACGUUUAAACAUACAUUUUAUGUACCAAAACCAUUUUUUCCAUUUAUUGUUGGAUCUAAACAUGCAGUACGUAAAAGAUUACAAGCUGAAACUGGAACUUUAAUACAAGUUCCAAGAUUUGGUCAAGGUGGAGAUAUUGUAAUAAUCGGUGCCAAUCGUAAAGAAAUAAGGACAGUGCGUCGUAGAAUAAAUUUAUUAAUCGAGGCAACAAGAAAAAAAAUAAAAAGUACACACUUCUUGUCAAUACCUUUAAAUGAAGGUCAUAUAAUAAUGAAAUUUAAUAUGUUUAAAAAUGAAGUAUUAACAAAUUCAGGAAAAACAUCCAGAGGUGUGGAUGAAAUGAUUUUUCAGACACCAAGUAAAUUACAUCUUACUAUUGCAUUAUUGACAUUACUUGAUGAUACAGAAAGGAAUCAAGCUUCAGAAGCUUUAUAUUAUUGUAAUGAGCAUAUUAUAAAGCCUAUAAUAGAAAAAUAUGGGCAGAUUUCUAUAUACAUACAAGGAACUGAAAUAAUGAAUGAUGACCUUAGUGAAACAAAAGUUUUAUAUGCAAAGGUAUUUUGUAAGAAUGAAAUUUUACAAAAGAUUGCAGAUGAAAUUGUAAAUUAUUAUUCCACCAUAGGUUUAUUAUCUAAGAAAUCUGAAAAAGUUAAAUUACAUCUUACUCUUAUGAGUUCGAGAUUUAAAUUAAAGAACGAAGAGGAACAUAGUGGCAAAUUUAUAACAUUUGAUGGAACAGAAAUAAUGAAAACUCAUGAAAAUACAUUCUUUGGAGAAACCACAUUAAAACAAAUUCAUUUAUCACAACUUGGUACAAUUAGUAGUAAUGGGUAUUAUCAAGCAAUUGCAAAAAUUAAUUUACUUGAAAAUUUAUAAAUGAUAAGUACCAUUAUUAUAUCUAUACACACAGAUAUAUUUUAAAACAUAAAGAUUAUAAGAUGGUAUCAUAUAAGAGAAACUUGCUUGACAAAUCAAAUACAAUGUUGCGUGUGUAUAUGAUCACCAUCCGGGAUCGCGUAUGGCUAUGUAUUUGGCGAGUGUUUGCACGAAUUGGGCAAUAAUUCUAUGCUGACUCGUGAAAUAUAAGGAAUAGAAAAAGCGACUAAGGUAAUACGACAUGGUAUAAUCGGCUCGAACGGUAUAAUGCAAUUGUAAAUUAUUGUAGCAGCCUCGAUUAACCCCUUAGCUUACGAUGUCAUGGGAAACGUCCUACAGCAAUCGGACUAAACGUAGACAGCUCGUGUGAGAAACACGGUAAUCGAGUUAAACGUCUCUCAAAUGAGAUGCGACAAUCGGGUCAAACCUACACACCACGUCUCAGAAACGUAGUAUAUCGUUCGGGCUACAUGUGAUAAACAGUUACUAAGUCGUUAAAAAUAUCUUUCAAAAGAAUAUUAACCCUUUGAGCGCUGAGUUGUGCGACGUUAAACGUACGCUGUGGACCGCCCAAUUCUUAUGACAGAGCACGCGCUGGGCUGCCUGCUUUUUACGACGAAGCGCAUGCUGCGCUAACUGAAAUUUCAUUGCAAAAUAUGUUGAUUGUAACUGAAAUAAUUUGAGCAGUGACUGCAAAAACCUUAACAGGACCAUUUAUUUCAUUAAGCAAUAAUAACAUAUAAAAAAUACAAUAUACAAAAU